GAAGAAGAAGAAUAGAGGCGGAAGAGGCGAAUGUAUAAACAGAAAAGAAAACCGCUCAGUGAUAUGAGUAGAUUAACAUGAGUUUAAAGAUUCUCAUCCCAACACUGAAGCCGCAGACAUUAUUAGAUUUUAUUAUUUCAUAGAAAUAUAAUCAAAUAAACGGGACAUCUGUCUGUCCUGGCCUGUUUUAAAUCUAACUGGAGGCUUUGAGGUGGACAACAGUUUUCAUCACCCGGUGCCAGCAGGCAAAGACUGAAGUUGCAGUUUCAGACGUCCGUCCACAACGUGGUCAGCAUGGCAGAGAUGAGUGAGGUGGUCAUCGUCACCCUCCCAGAAGUCGUGUCCAACCAGCUCCCCUCUGUGAUGGAGGAAGACAAGGCCGUGCUGGUAGCCACCGAGCUGGCUCCUCAGGCUGGGGAGGACAUCCUCACUGUAGCGCCAGUGGAAGCAGAAACCGAGGCCACCGCUGAUUCCAUGUCGAAGGAGGAGGCAGUAAUUGUGAAGCUUUCUGAGGAGGUGGACGUGGAGGCCGACGUCUUCUACCCGAUCACCUGCGGAGACGCCAAGGCCACGCUGGUGUGGAAGAAGUUUGUCUGUCCUGGGAUCAACGUGAAGUGUGUGCAGUUCACCGAUCAGCUCAUCAGCCCCAAAGAGUUUGUGUGUUUAGCAGGAAAAUCCACCUUAAAGGACUGGAAGAGAGCUAUCCGCCUCAACGGCACCAUGCUCAGGAAGAUCAUGGACUCCGGUGAGCUGGACUUCUAUCAGCACAGUAAGGUGUGCUCCAACACCUGCCGCAGCACCAAAAUCGACCUGGUGGGAACCAAGGUGUCGGUCAGCUGCGACCCGCCCGCCGACCUGCUGUCUGCUUCUGCCUCUUCAGCUGACUUGAACGGAGCAGCUAUCUCAUUACCAGAUGUGACAGAGGAACCCUCAGAGUGGGUCACGACGAUCGGAGAGGACUCUGUGGUGUUCUGGCGGGCUGUGAAGGAGGCGGGCCUUUUGGAGGAAGUGGUGGAGGACUUCCAGAAAGAGGUGCAGGAGAUGUUGACGGGGCUGCAGGAGCGAGUAUGUGAUCCGCCGGUGGAGGUCAAAGACGCUGUUCUGCUCAACAACAUAGUGCAGAACUUCGGCAUGCUGGACCUGGUGAAGAAGGUUCUGGCCAGCCACAAGAGCCAGAUGGACCGCUACAGAGAGCAGUACACCCGCAGUCUGGCGGCUCUGGAGCAGCAGUGUGAUGAGCACAGGAAGCGAGCCAAAGAGCUGAAGAGUAAAUCUCAGCACCUCAACAACGUCCUGAUGAACCUGACCCCGGCGCCGUCCCCACCGACAACCAAACGACCCCGGCUGACCCGAGCCGUCUCCGGCCCGGCCGCGGUCAACGCCACGCCCACUCAGAUCGCCCUGCCACUUGGCCAGUUGAGUGGUCUGACGGUGGCCGGGGCCCAGGCGGGCGGCUACACCCUCCUCACCUCACCACUCUCGGGCUCUGAGCUGGGGGCCGACGGCUCCAAUGUGACGGUGUUGUCCGCGGCGACCGGUCAGGGGGCCGGCGCCUCCGGGUCCUUCGUUAAGGUGAUGGGGCCGCAGUUCCAGCUGGUCACGCUGCCGCUGGCCACCCAGAGCCCCGCGGUGCAGCAGCAGGUCAGCACCGUCACCGUGGUGGACGCCAUGGUGACGGCUGCUGACGAGUUGCAGGAGGUAAGCCAGGCUGACGGGGAGGAGGAAGGUCAGCCAGGGCAGGCAAUGGAGGAGGAAGAGGAGCAGCAAUGAGAAGAAGAACAGCUGCUGGGCUCCCAGCUAGUCUGGACUCGAACUGCUUUCAGGAAGUUGUGACGAGUAACAGCUGGACAAACUUUGAACUUUUCCUCAUCCAUUUGUCUCACAUUUCAGCGUCAGCAGACGGUGUGUCUCGUGUCCUCCUGUGCUUUAAUCCUGGUUUUAACCAAUAUGUUUGACAAAGCUUGUGCUUUCUAGAAGCACAACAUGCUCCUUUAUUUGGGAUUAAAUGCUCUGGAAGUGAA